CUGUAUACUACAUGUACGUGGAAAAGCAUGUCUGAGAGAGUAUCACAGAAAACAUUCGUCUACACCGUAUAUUAUUAAUAACAGUAUAUAACAUUUAUUUGAAGAAAUACAAAUAGUUCCAUACGUCAAACUUAAAUAGAACAAAUGAAUGCACCUGUAGACACGAGAAAUAUGGUUGCGUUAUUUUGUUAAAUGUCCUUUGAAAAAGAUAAUAGGCUUUUCCCUCUCGACCAGGUGGAUUUACAAAAAAAUAUGGUAUAGGCUAAUUGUUUUCCUUAUUAGCGUUGUACUAUUGUUUUAUUUACAAUUAGAAAUGGCAUAUGAUGAAUCAAUGAUACUAACAAAAAAAAAUUACUGGAAAUAAGUAAUAACGUGUACCGUAUUUAUUUAUUUUUUUCUCAAAAAGACGUGUUAACCCUUUCUUUAGCUAAAUGAAUAAAGACACUGACGGUACGAUAUAUUUUAUAUGGGCUUUUAAAUAAAGUAAUUGUUUUGGGAAAAAAAAUUCUCAAGCACCUUUGUUUUUAAUGCAGCGAAACGUAAGAGAACGGAAAUGACACAGAAUUCCAUUGACGUACUACCACAGAGUGCGACGGGGAGGAUUGGAUAUCCUGGAGAGGAAACACUUCGAGAGAAUCUAAUGAAAUUUCUUUCGGUGUUGGGGUUCCUUAUACUUCCCAGGGUGUUGCUGUUUGUUUUGGCUGUUGUUACUGUCCGCUUCCCAGUUUUCUGGGUUUUUUUGUGUGCGUGUUGGUGUCGGUGUGCCGGAGCGUGGUUGUGUUCCUCGGGGACUCGGGGAGGUAUUUUUUUUAUUUUUUCUGUCUCUCACCGCUGUGUUGGACUACUCGGCAGGGAAAACUGGCCAUGGAUUUCAACACCAUCCUGUCCAUGGCGUCUGAAAACCAGGGUCUGAGCAGCUUACCGUUUACUUCCUCUACUUUACCACAGAAUACAUUUACUAAAUGUUGUGGUGAUGAAGACAGUCUUUCACUACCCGCCUGCCUAUGGAUGUUUUAAAGGCUCUUAAGUUCAGUGUUGAUUGGCUUACAGGCCCCUACAGUACAUAGUAGUGCUGUGGUUCAAACACUUUAGGCUGAUACAAACAAAACCUGGCAUUACAGCUGUUUGUUUUAGGACUGCUGACUGAUUCAACAAAGAAGCAAAACUGCAAACCAAGCUCAUUUUCUGUGCUGCUAUUACUUGGUUCUAUACAGCUGCACAUAACUGUCUAAUCUGUCCUAAGGCAAUGAUAGGCUAUCACCUGCUGUGUUUAAAGUCUCUGCACUUCAGUACAGUAUAGCGCUACAGUGAAGUAAUUUUGGGAGUGUAAGAACAUACAGCGCAUUAUAUAUAUAUAUAUAUAUAUAUAUAUAUAUAUAUAAUCACACUCACACACACAGUAGAACCUCAUUUAUCUGCGGCUUCUCUUAUCUGUGGCUCCCUGAUGAGUUUUAUCUCUGAAAUGCAGUACGUUAUUGCCAAUGUAUAAUGCCCACGUUGCGCGCACACACACACACACACACACAUUUAGCGCCAAAUUGGACAACAGUAACUGUGAUGACGGUGGCAGUGAGGAAGAAGAGACCCCAAAAACCUGUGGAGUAGAAGCCAAGACAGCGGCACUACAGAUGGAUUCAUUUCUUGGCAAAGCGAUACAGCCUGUCGGUGGGACCCCCCAAAAAGGACCCGAAAGUGAAAGGUGUGCAUUCUGCAGCAGUGCAAGCCUUCCUGAAGAAGCAGCAGAAUGAGAACAAAAAAAAAGUGAUAGAAAGCAAGCGAAAGAAGGAGGAGCUGCUUGCCAAGCGAGUGGAGAUGAAGUCUGACCGGAAAGCACGCGCCAUGGCAUCUCGGACCAAGGACAACUUCAGAGGCUACGACGGCGUCCCCAUUGUGGAGCCAACUAAGAAGAGGCGUUCGAAGCAGGAGAUGGCAGAGGAAAGACAGCGAAAUGCAGAAGGGCGUGAGCACAACGGGACAGGUGACGAGGAGGAUUAUUGUGAAUACUCACAAACUGAGUCAGAGUACGAGGAUGAUGGGGAAGAGACAGACAGAAUGACAGCAAGAGUGCCCGACAGAAUGGCAGCGCGAGAGCCUGAGAAAGCCUCUAAGAAGCCUAACACAGCCAAGCCUGCACCUCCCCCCAUGAACUUCGCAGAACUCCUAAAGCUGGCACAAAAGAAGCAGUUUGAACCAGUGGAGCUGAAAUCCACGAAGAAGACUGAAGAGAAGCUAAGGACUGCAGAGGAACUGAAGGAGAUGGAGUUCCUGGAGCGAAAGAAUAAGAAAUACAUCCAGGAGAUGGGAAGAGAAGGGAAGCCUGAGAGAGACAACAGGUCCCAGGUGGUCUCUAGCUCUUCAAAAAAGAGUUUGCCAGACAAGGAUGUAAGAAGCGGAAAGCUGCUGUCGUCUAAAAGUUAUGCUGAGAAACUCCCUCCCAACGGUGUGGUGAGUAAGAAACCAAAGCCGCCUUCAUCCAGUGAAAGACCUCACAGUUCUUCUACUGCCAAGCAGUCUCAGGGUGAUAGACACAGACCUGGACUGGUUGUGUCCAGCAAAAGCUCCUCGGGUGCCAGUAGUGUCAAAAACUCUUUAAAAAACAGCUCCAGCUCUCUUUCCUCUGCCAAAGCUUCUGCCCCUAGGCCGCCUUCUAGUGGGGGUCAGAGGUCUUCUACCAGCAGUGACCUUAACCAGAAGAAAGGAAACCUUCCACCUUCUGGAAAGAUGGGCGGUGCUCCUGUGCGACCUGGAAGCAGUUCCAGCUCUGCCUCAGCGCGACCAGGAAGCUCAGGUCAGGGACGACCAGCAAGUGCUUGUCAGGUCAGACCCACAAGCGCCAAUGGUCCUACAAAAUCAGGAAGUUCAGGGCCUCCACGACCUGGAAGUGGUGCGCAAGCCCGACCAGUAAAUAGUGCUCCUGGCCAACCUGGAAAUGGUAUGCGGGACCGACCUCGGAAUGGUGAGCCAGGGAGACCUGGAAACAAUCAUCAAGCCCGACCUGGAAGUAGUGGACCAGGCCGACCUGACGGUAAUCCGCAGGGCAGACCAGGAAGUAGUGGCCAAGUGCUACCUGGAAGUUAUCCACAGGCCCGACCGGGAAGUAGUGGUCCUGGCCAACCUGGAAAUGGUAUGCGGGACCGACCUCGGAAUGGUGAGCCAGGGAGACCUGGAAACAAUCCUCAAGUCCGACCUGGAAGUAGUGGACCAGGCCGACCUGACUGUAAUCCGCAAAGCAGACCUGGAAGUUAUCCACAGGCCCGACCAGGAAGUAGUGGUCCUGGCCAAGCUGGAAAUGGUAUGCGGGACCGACCUCGGAAUGGUGAGCCAGGGAGACCUGGAAACAAUCCUCAAGUCCGACCUGGAAGUAGUGGACCAGGCCGACCUGACUGUAAUCCGCAAAGCAGACCUGGAAGUUAUCCACAGGCCCGACCAGGAAGUAGUGGUCCUGGCCAACCUGGAAAUGGUAUGCGGGACCGACCUCGGAAUGGUGAGCCAGGGAGACCUGGAAACAAUCCUCAAGCCCGACCUGGAAGUAGUGGACAAAUGAGACCUGGAGGCGUGGCACCUGGCCGACCUGGAAGCACUAUGGGCUCUGGCCCAGGGAGGCCCCAAUGCACUGUGGUGUCAGAAACCAUUUCUACCAAGGACUUUGUACCCGCCAAUGGGGUUAGGCCACCUAGACCCUAUCCAGGUCACAGGCCCAUGAUGAGGCCUCCAGGUCCCCCACUGCCUCCCAUCACCUCCAGCUACAAACGGAAAUUUGAUGACGAUGAUGAGGACGAGUGCGAUUCCGAAAUGGAGGACUUUAUCGAUGACGAGGGGGGAGAUCAAGAUGAAAUCUCAAAACAUAUCCGGGAAAUCUUUGGAUACGACCGAUCAAAAUAUAAAGAUGAAAGUGACUAUGCCUUGCGUUACAUGGAAAGUAGUUGGAAAGACCAGCAAAAGGAGGAGGCUCGGAGUUUGCGUUUGGGUAUGAAGGAGGAUGAGGAGGAGUUGCGAUUGGAGGAGGAGAUGAAAAAAAAGGCAGCGAUGAAAGCAAAACGAAGGAAACUGUAAAAGGCAGUCAGGAUCCAACCCCACUGACUGCCUGCUGUUACAAUAACUAUUUAUCUGUGGCUAAUCUCUGAGAACUGAAAUCCAGGAGCUAAGCAGAUUUACACUUAGGGGCAGAGGAUCACUUCUGCGCUGUGCAAAAGCAACAGAAAAAUAGCCAGCUGCAAUCAGGGUUUUCUACAAACAGACUACUAGACGUGGCACUGCUUCAUUUCUUUGCUGGAUAGCGGCUGCAUCGCAAUUUCUUUUUGGUACAGAAGAAAAGCUGUAGUGUUCGGAUCAGCAAUAAUUUGUAGUGUUCUUUUUAUUAUUGAAAUUCAAACUGGGAAGAAUAUAUUAUGAAGCCAUUUAAGAGGAAUUCUGACACAUGUAUUUUUUUUUUCUCUCCUGGUUUAAAAAAAAAAAAAAAAAGUGUUUUGGCACAGCGCUAAGUUUCAGUUAUUUAAUGAGUUUAUUUUACUGUGUUUAAUAUUCUUGCAAAUCCCCAAAGGCACUACCAGCUUACCAUGUCUGAUAUAUAUAGUAAUAUAUACCCUCCAUCUUCAUAAAAGCUGUACAAAAUCUUGCAGCAGGUGAGAGUAAUUCCAAAACUUUCGCUCGUGUUGUAAAUUUAACAAACCAUGCUAACUAAAACCUCCAUCAAAGCAGCAGUGGAUCAUACAGUACAUAUGUUUUAACUGACUUCAUCAUGUGCUGUAAUCUGUUCAGUGGCAGAAACCAUCAGCUAACAUAGGUGUUCUCUCAGGUAAAUGGCUAAAGGCAUUUUUUAGUUAUUUGAAAUGCUGUGCCUUAGUCACAAAAUAAUGUUAUUUUAAGAACUGUGGCCUGAAUUAAAUCAAAGUUUAUGGUCCCGCCAUAGCUAUACUUUAUAACAGCUAUGGCACCGCCAUAAUUUUAAUUUAAUACAGUUAAAAUUAAGUUUUCAGUUCAACUGUUUUAGAGAGGGUAACAAGCAGUGCUCCAGGUAAGCUGCGUACUGGGUGUUUUGCACAUUGAAAAAAUAUGUAUGAUAUUUAAAUUAAAUGCAUAAAGACUACACAUAGCAAUUUUGCUGCACAGCGUUAGCAUGUUAUCAAGUUUCUUGUACUAUGUUGGUUCCUGGCGUCUCAAUGGUCAAUUAUGAAUAUACUGCAUGCGGGAGCUAUGGAAUGGAUCAUAGAAAUGCCAGGAUUGUAGCCUGCUUGAGAAUUGCCUGAAAGUCGUGACCAAGAAGUCCAGGUUUUCAAUAAAAAAAGAAAUAAAGAAACGUACGGUUGAAUCCACUCACCUUCCAUAAAUCUGUAUAAUAAAUACAAUAUUCUAUGUUUGGAGAAAGUCGUGAUGCUUUAUAUUGCAAUAGCAAGCCAAUCAAUAAGGAAUACAAUAUUAUCGUUUCUUUAUUUGCAUUAGGACAAAUAUUGUUUAAUUAACUUUUAUUUUUAAUUUAAAUUUUAUUUUUAGGGAGGAAAGUGAGAGCACAAGAGACAGAGAGGUAGAUUUAUAGAAAACAACUAUAGAAACUAACAGCCCAGUACUCGUGAGAGGAGACUCGGUGAGCACAGUAGAUAACUACAUCGAGAGUAGCAACUUCUCAGACUAAUAUUAACACUGGACAAAAAUGGCUGUGUAAGACAUUGUUGGAUUUGUUUUCAGGUGGAAAAGAAGUAAGGAGUUUUUUUAAAUUUUUUUUUUAUUGCAAGACCAAGUGUUUGUACAGAAGUUAAAAGUAAUAUUACAUUUAAAAUGUAAGGCUGUAGUAAAUGCAUACCCUGUAAGUUGGUAUUAAAAUAUGUACUCUAUUGAAAGUAGUCAUCAUGACUUCAAGGUAAUGUUGCAUUUUACUAGCAUAGUGUUUAAAUUGGAGAAUAAAUUAGUCAAUGACUGAAAACCUUAUCUGUAGCACUGGUUACAAGUUUUACCCUUUUCAUAAAGCACAGUUCUAAGAGGUUUUAGGGCCUUCUGUCUAAAUCCAAAUAAAAGUUAAUUUAAUUAUUUAUUGGGGGCGGGGGAAGUAAACCUAGCUGGCAUUUCAGAUUUCGGAGGUUUUAAAAGCACGUAGAACAAGUUGUCUUGUAUUUUUUGGCUUUAUUAGAUUAUGGUAUGCACUGCAGGACUCCAGGUAUACCUGUUUUCCCUUCUAAAUUGAUUGGGCAGCAGAAAAGCAUAUCCAGUGCUGGGUGAUUACAUAUUCAAGCAACAGUCACCCCCUUCCCGCACAAACAUUUGAGAAUCUGUAUCGGUUAGAAGUAAAAAGUGGUUGGCAGUCAUUUCAAAAUUUCUGAAAAGGUCCUGAAUUCUGAUUUGGUGGCAAUACUGCGGUCAACCUCAAAAGCACAAUGGUUGCUUGUGCAUUACGCUGGCCCAGGAGAGAGGCCACCCGGUAGAUUAUGGGAUAUACUGUUACCAUUUUAGUGUCUUUUAAUUAAUUAAACACAUCUAAUUUCAUUAAUCUCCUGGGGGAAAUGGUUUUAUUUAUUUAUUUUGCGUCAUUCAUUUUACGCUAUAUGGCAUAGGCCCCAGAACCGCUAAACUUGUCAAAAUUGGUCAAAUCGUUUAUCUUGUAGGAGUGUUCAGUUGACAAAAAGAAUUAAUAAGUUAUUGGUUGAAAAAAAAGUAAUCUUAUUAUAAAUAUGUUAAAAUAGUGGUAAGCUUGGUCAAGUUUGCUUAGGCUUUUUUUUUUAUAUAUAGGGGUGCAUGCUGUUUAGGUGAAACUGAAGGCCUGGGAAAAGGCUUACUGUACUAACAUCGAUGUCCCACUGCCACUUACAACUGAGUCAUAGUCCUCUCAUUUAAAUGCAGGUUAAAAGCUCAUCAAAGUGUUGCACAAUGUUGCAGGCUUUCUACAUGACAAAAUAGCACAGAUCUUACUCUGGUUCCAGUUAACUGUUCUGCUUCAGUGUGACAGUAAGUGUUUCAAUGGUCUGCUGGAUUUCAUUUCUCAUUCUGAAACCAUCUAUGCAAAUUACCAACAGUCCAACGGAUGAGAUGUAAAACCGAGGUCCAUUUGUAAGUGACACUGCAGUCUCUGUAAGUCGCUUUGGAUAAAAGCAUAUGCUAAAUGACUAAAUAAUAUAUUUCUUCAGAUGUCCUUCUGUUGAUAAUGUAAAAGUGGGCAAUAUGCUUUCUGAACCACAGUGCUUGUUAUACAUUAGAAAUGUGGCUUAAUGGGCAGGGGAUCAGAUGGUCAACUGGGAUAAAAUAUGUAUUGUUAAAAUCUGGUAUUAAAAUAAUUGAACUGA